AUGUCUACCACUACUGUCACCCAAGUUGCCAUCAGAAAUGAGUCUGUGAACCAAAUCAGCCCAUCCGUCGUGGAAGACGGCAAGCUCGACCAGACUUUCACAACGGGCGGAUAUCCAUUCCCAGGUGUUCCGCAGUUUGACGACUUGUACAAGAAGCGACAAUGGCAACUGGAACAUAUGGCUGCUGCGUUCAGAGUCUUUGCCCGAAAGGGCUUCACAGAAGGCACCGCUGGACAUAUCAGUGUCCGCGAUCCAGUUCAACCAAACACCUUCUGGAUCAACCCUUUCGGGGAACAUUUUGGCAUGCUCAAAGCAAGUGACAUGGUCCACAUCAACGAGGAAGGUCAAGUCAUUGGCGGAAACAAAGUCGCUGUCAAUACGGCCGGCUUCCGCAUCCACGGCGCUAUUCACAAAGCCCGCCCAGACAUCAACGCUGCCUGUCACACCCACUCGCCCGCGGGGAAGGCGUGGUCAACAUUCGGUCGCCCGUUAGAUAUCAUUAGUCAGGAUACGUGCACCUUCUCAGGUAUCCAGGCAGUCUACUCAAACUUUGGGGGCAUCGUUCUCGGAGAGGAUGAGAGUGAGAACAUUGCCGCAGCUCUCGGCAAAAAAAACCGGGUUGCUAUUCUGCAAAACCACGGGAUCCUCACGGCGGGAGCCACUGUUGACGAGGCAGCAUAUCUAUUUACGCUGAUGGAGAAGUCCUGCGAGGUGCAGAUCAUGGUCGAGAGUACGCGGCUCACAAAGAAUCUCAUCAGCGAGCAAGAGGCUGAAUAUACCGCCAAGAUCUACCAAGAUCCAGCAACCCUUUAUAUUGAGUUUCAGCCAGACUUCAAGUACGAGGUUUAUAAGUCCAACGGGGAACUGAGUAAGGAUGUCUGA